AUGAACGAGUUCAAUCCUGUACAGGUGCAGUCCGCGCUGGACAAUGCACCUCGUCUCCCUGCUCGGGGCGGUGCUACGAAGGUCAGACGAUUCGACGGCCGCUCACGAAGGACAGCUGAUUGGGACGGGUUAAGAAAGGACGCCCAGCUGUGGUCCAACGAGGCCAACUGCCAAGUGCACCUCUAUGCCCAUGGCAGCUCUCAACGAGGACCUAGCAUGAAGGUGCCUUACGAGGCUAUACAGAGGCUGGGAAGUGCCUUCUUGACAGAUCAGUGCUUGCAGGAAGACUAUGCCACUCCUCCGUCCCCGAGCGAUGAUGGCGGUGACAGUGGAUACUCAUCGUCCUUGUCAAUAACUCCCGAAGACGACUACAGACAACCCAAGUACCACAACCUCUUCAUUCCUACGCCGACAACAAUCUCCCGAGAUGAAGCAUUUGCCUACCACCUCACCACUCGAAACGUCAUCGCCUACGCCGUGGGAAAGCCGAUCGUUGGGGAGAAGCUGAGCGGCGCCCUGACGGCACUGUGGAAACGCUUGCGAGCAUGGCUACCGGGAACAGCAUUGAGGUCAUCAUUCUCUGCAUAUCUCGAGGAGCAGGGCUACACUGCUUUUGCCGAGAAUGCCGAACAUGCUCUGGCUUGUUUGAAGUUUGCGGAAGAGACAGGGUUUCGAGACAUAUGGAUCAAUGCGUUCGCACAUUGUUCCGGGAUGCACGCACGUCUGGACCUGAGUCCAGAAUUCGCUGGGGUGAGCAAGACUACGGCCGCGCUCAUCACCCGCGCGUCUCUUGAGAUGGACCUACAUAUCAACCGUGUCGUCAAGGCGCUGGGAGGGUUUCUGGAAGAAGAGCUUGGCUCAGACCGCCUGGGGCUUUCGAAGCUGGCGCGAGAUCACCUCGAUCACUUCCGAAGCCUUCUACAUUCCUACUACGUAGACAAGUUCGGCUGGUUCCCUCCUCGGCACCGCAACACCUGGGACAAGCGUCCAUGGUUGGAGAUGUACGAAGACUUUCAGGCGCUCUACGAAUAUCUCGUGGAUCGAGAAUCUUCGCAAGACUGGAGGUCCAAUCGAGGAGUGACCGGUGGGAUCUGCAUGAUACAGAACGUGCAGGCCUUCGAUGAACGACACGGCUACGAGCCGCUACCACAUCCGCUGGCUCUGCUUCCGCUGGAGCCCACGAUGACUCGAAGGCGCAGCAUCAGCUCGCAGACAGCGCUUCGAAAUUUCAAGCUGGGCAAGAACCAAACCGCUCCUGAUGCCAAACUCACACCAAACCAAGCUUUGGAGAUUGCGACCAAUACACUCGAUGAACGUCAAUGCGGACGUCCACUGCUCCAGCAGUACCAGCGCUUCGAACGAACCCGCCGAGAAUCCAAGCUUGACUUCGCUGAAGCUCGCAAAGUCAGGUGGCUAUUGAUCUACGGUGUCCUGCAGAUGCUCACUAGCAUUAUGAAGGGCCCGCCGGAGGUCAAAGACGCUGACCGCACGUCAUACCCCGUUUGCGUUCUCACGACCGGCUGCCCUACCUUCGAAGACCUCAACGAUAAGAUUGAAGAGGUCGAAUCAGUAUCACCGCAGUCCACGCCCAAGGCUGCGAUGGGGAAAAGCUCGCCACACAUCAUGCGCCGAACAUCACUAGUCCCCGAUGCGCUGUUUGCGCUUGAAGGUCGUCCGGUCCACGAUCGUUCGCCAUCUCGGAUCUCGAUCCAUCCUGACUGCGAAGCCGACAGCGCUGAGGACUACUUUGCGUCGAACACCGUUUCGCGAUCGGACUCGUCGGCGAGUCUGAAUCAGAUGGCACUGCCAUCGCGAAAUGGCAUAGCGUUGUCGAGAAGGAACUCGUUGCGGAACAGUAUGCAAGUGGGUGUGCGGUCUCUGGUGGGAAGCUUGAACAGGAGGAACAGCAGAAGAACUAGCCUCCCCUUGGAGCCGAGGAAGAUGUCGUCGUAUUGCGAGAUCGUGGUGGAGGACUACGGCAACGGAUGCCUUGUCCGUGGAAACGAAGCGGGAGAAGAGGUACGGCCUCAAACAGCGCUCCAUGCUGGCGACGACGAUGCACAGCAAUCUCCGGAGGACCUAAACGGAUUCAACUUCGGCUUUGACAACGCAAGUGAAGAGCCGACCCUCGAUCAUGAUCAAUUGGGCGAAGGCUUCAGUCCCCUUGCUACCCCCCGCGCCGUCGAGAACAGCCCGCGAGAAAGCUACACCUCCACAACAACCGCCGACAACAUCGACUCCAACCGCUCAUCCCUCCUCCCUGACACCUCUUCAAUCGACACCGACAUCUCCUCUUACUCCGACACCUCCGUAUCCCAUCCGUUUUCUAGCCCCACCACCAAGACCGACAUCGACACUCUGACCAAACGACAACUUACCUACCGCCCUAGUAAACAAAACCUGGGCGUCUCCGCCAUGUGCUGGAGCGUCACGGCGGGGUGCUACAAACCCAGCGGCCUGAUCGUCCCACCGACGUCUCGGUUUGCUGAUUCUGCCCACCAUCGUCGUGCGCCGAGUGGAGAGACUGUGGCGAGUGAUGCGAGCUCGGAAUAUCCUGAAGACAGUGUUCAGGCGGCUGACAUUGAGGAGGAGAGAGUUAGAGGAAGGCAGAGGGUGAGGCGAUUUGGAUGUGAUGUUCCGGUUUCGCGGAUGAUGGUUGCAGGAGGCUACUGA